UCGAUACCCAUCCCUAAACUGCACAACUCUGUUUUUUUAUGUUUUAAAAACAUAUGCGGAAACAAAAAUCAAUACAUUGCUAAUGCAUAGCGAUUGCAAUUGAUUAGGCCAAGUAUAAUUAAAUCCAGUCCGUUGCAGCCGCAGUACCCAAAGCGACAUAACAAACGUAACGAAAAGACAUCGGGACAACGACACAUCUCGACAAUGGUGUGUUGUGUGCUGCUUGCGUGUGUGUGUGUUUUGUAUCGUGUUGUCUGAUUGUUUCGUGCGUGCCUCUGCUUGCGUGCAGUCGGUCGGUCGGUUGGUUGGUCAGACGGUUCGUCGUAGAGGGUGAUACGUCGAGGAACAGUGGAUCAGUGGAGCAGUGCAGGGACGGUAGCGGUGGCACCAGUGCAGCAGCAACUACAAAAGCGACCGCCUCUAAAAAGGAGUGAUAGGCAAUCUCUCUGCUAGAUCUGGAAUUCGCUGAACGUAACGCAACGCGACGCUCGACACAAAGACUGCUCGAGACGGCAGCGUGGAUAUCGGGGCGCGGGCCGGACGCGAUCGCGAUCCUAUGUCGCCGAGUGUGAGCCUUUGAUGCGGCCACAGCACAGUCGAUAAGGAACGGCAAUCCCGGUAGCAGCAGCAGCCAUGCUCCCCAUCAGCGAGGAGCAGAGCCAAAAGCAGCAGCACCACCAGCCGAGUCCAGACAACGGUGUGGACGAUGCCGAUGCUCAGGUGGGUGACGGCAGCCUCUGGACAGCCCUGUACGAUUACGAUGCCCAGGGCGAAGAUGAGCUGACGCUGCGCCGCGGCCAAAUUGUGGUCGUCCUCUCCACGGACAGCGAGGUCUCCGGCGAUGUGGGCUGGUGGACGGGCAAGAUUGGUGACAAGGUCGGUGUAUUUCCGCGUGACUUUGUCACGGACGAAGAUCCGCUGCAGCUGAACGUGCCAUCGGCCAUUGGCGACAUCCAGCCGCACGAGAUCGAGUAUGAGGAGAUGGACAUCAAGGAGGUGAUCGGCUCGGGUGGCUUCUGCAAGGUGCAUCGCGGCUACUACGAUGGCGAGGAGGUGGCCAUCAAGAUCGCCCACCAAACGGGCGACGAUGAUAUGCAACGGAUGCGCGACAAUGUACUCCAGGAGGCGAAACUCUUUUGGGCCCUCAAGCACGAGAAUAUCGCCGCCCUGCGCGGCGUCUGCCUCAAGACGAAGCUCUGCCUUGUGAUGGAGUAUGCCCGCGGCGGCAGCCUCAAUCGCAUUCUGGCCGGCAAGAUACCGCCAGAUGUUCUGGUCAACUGGGCCAUACAAAUUGCCCGGGGCAUGAACUAUCUGCACAACGAGGCACCCAUGUCUAUUAUACACCGCGACCUCAAGUCCUCCAAUGUGCUCAUCUACGAGGCCAUCGAAGACAACCAUCUGCAGCAGAAGACGCUCAAGAUUACGGACUUUGGACUCGCCCGCGAAAUGUACAACACGCAGAGGAUGAGCGCUGCGGGCACCUAUGCCUGGAUGCCGCCCGAGGUGAUCAGUGUCAGCACGUACUCCAAAUCAUCGGAUGUUUGGAGCUAUGGUGUGCUGCUGUGGGAGCUUAUCACUGGCGAGACGCCGUACAAAGGCUUCGAUCCAUUGUCCGUGGCGUAUGGCGUGGCUGUCAAUACCCUGACAUUGCCCAUACCGAAAACCUGCCCCGAAACCUGGGGAUCUCUCAUGAAGAGCUGCUGGCAAACGGAUCCGCACAAACGACCCGGCUUCAAGGAAAUACUCAAGCAACUGGAGAGCAUUGCCCGCUCCAAGUUCACGCUGACGCCUCAGGAGUCCUUUCACUACAUGCAGGAGUGCUGGAAGAAGGAGAUAGCCGAGGUCCUGCACGAUUUGCGCGAAAAAGAAAAGCGUUUCCAAACCAUCGAAGAGGAACUGCGCAACAAGGAGGAGCAGCUGCUGCAGGUGCAGAACGAGCAGCGUGAGAAGGCGAACCUGCUGAAGAUACGGGAACAGAAUCUACGGGACCGUGAGAUCGAGCUAAUUGGACGGGAGUUGGUCAUGAUGCAGCCAGUACCAAAACGAAAGCCCAAAAAAGGCAAAAAGCAACACAAGCCGCUGCAGAUAUCAUUGCCCACGGAGUUUCGGCACACCAUUACGGCCGUGCGCGACAAGGCAGAGCCGCCUGGCUCACCAUCAUUCUCCGGACUACGACUCGUUGCACUCACCGAUGGGCAUAAGGGCAAGACGUGGGGACCCUCGACGAUGCACCAGAGGGAGCGCUCGCUGCUGCCCUCACAGCUGGGCGGCAACCAGCCGGAGUGGCCCGCACAGACCUCCACCCAUUCGUCGUUCAGCAAGAGUGCCCCUAAUCUGGACAAAGGCAAACAGCAGCAGCAGGGUCCGGGCCAGGCCAUGCAUCAUCCGUCAUCGGCCUCGGCAUCGUCCACGCCGCCGCCACAGCAGCAGCAGCAUCAGCAGCUGGACGGUGGCAUGGGCAUGACCGUGGCCGUGGCUGGUGCUGGUGUUGCGACCACGUCAUCCUUUUAUGGUGGCGAGGCGGCUGGCAGGGCCACAGGAUACCAGAGCAACAACAAAAUGGACAACUGGCGCCCGGGAGUCACCACGAACAUGCCGAUCAUGUCGCCGUCGCCAUAUCUCCUCAGCCGCUUCACCAGCAACGUGCCACUGCCCACCCUGUACGCAGGCGACUCGGCCCGGAAGCCGAAACUCUCGGUGAUCGAGCUGUUACUGUACAACAUGGCCUCGCUGCUGGCCGGCGUGGCGGCUGGCUACGAUGUGCGCAUGUCCAAUGUGUCGCCCGUGCAUCCCACGCUGCUCAGCGAGCUGCCAGCCCUGAAGGCGGCCCCCAAGGCUGCGGCAGCAGCGGCAGCGGCUGCUCUGGCGCUUUCGGCUGUGGAGAAGCCACUGUCGGAGCAAGAGGAGGACGAGCAGCUGCAGCUCAAGGAGGAAGGUGAGGAGGAGUCGCAGGAGACGCCCCGCAAGCUGGCAGGUCACACAAGGUAUGGCAGCCUGGAAGUGGGCGUCAGCACAUCACAGCCCACAUCCCUGGCCCGUCGCAUCGGCGGCAGUCAGCCGUAUUACACUCCAGUGCAGCGCACACCCCAGCAUCAGAUGAACCACCAGCAGCAGCAGCACCACCACCACCAGCAUCAGGCGGCACCACUCGCACCGGCGGCCGCUCCCAUACAACCGCAACCAGUACAAACCGCAGCUAUAACCGCUCUCUAUGCGGGCUCUCAGCCGCCGACGCCCUCGCCCCGGCGUAAGCUGAGCAACAGCAGCUGCGGCAACACGGACGGCGCCUUCGAGGAGUUUCGCGUGGGCGGUGGCAUCGGACCGCCGCCGCUCUACGCCCCUGCCGACUACCUGAGGAACGGGCCGAGCUACUCGAACGAUGGUGCCGGCAACUAUCGCAACGGUUACUUUGGCUCCAACUACUUCCCGUAUCGGCCGGAGCUGAACUACAGCUACGAGCGGGACUGCAAAUCGUAUCCGGACUACUCCUACGACUACAAUCAUCGGCUGCCCGACUACUACGACUAUCAGUACGAGGCGCCAGUGGUGCCAGUGCCCGUUGCCGUGCCCGUGCCCGUACCCGCCCAGACCCGAACGCCGCCGCCCCGUGUCCCCCAGAUGGGUGUGAGUGCCGGUGGCCAUCGGAGGACCCCCUCGACCGUGUCCAGCAACUCGAAUGUGCUGCUGGAGCACGAGGAGCUGCUCUACGACUACAACAAUCUCAAUCUGAAUGUGGACUACGAGAUGGAUAGAGAGCAGGCGCCACUGCCGCCGCCACCCACCAAGCAGGAGCUGUACGCCGGCUCGCCCAAGCUGCUCAAUCGCCUCAUUCACAGCCCCUUGCCGAUGACAAAGAGCAAGUAUGCGUCGGUGGCGCGCCCCGCCAGCCUGCCCUUUGAGCAGCACGCCCUCACACUCACCUACCAGCAGCCGAUGGUGGUGCCAACGGGCACCGGUGUCAUCAGCAGCAGCCAGGCCAAGCUACGCAGCUCGCUGAAGAAGUACAACAACAGCAGCAGCAGCUGCAAGGGCACGCCGCUGAAUGGCUCUAUAUCGUCGCAGCAGGGCACACCCACGAAUCCCACGCCACCGGAUUCGCUGACCAGCGACGACAGCUCCUACCUGAGUGCCAAGGAGGGGUCCAUCGGCUCGCAGCACAGUCGUGUACGCUUCAGUCCUGAGGCGUAUCUGGAUGCCAAUGCCUUGCCACUACCGGCUCAUGCUCUGGUCCGACGGAUGACGGCGCCGGCCAUGCAGCAACCGCAGUCACAGCCGCCGCAGCAGCAGCAGCAUCAUCAUCGGAGACAUCGUCAGGCUUCCAGUGCCAGCACACCCUCGCCGUCGACAUCCUCCUAGCAGGCGCGACUGGCGCUGACCCUGCAGUUGGCGCGCAGUCCGGGAGCGGACAUCGGAAGCGGAGGCGUGAGCGUAAGCAGUGUGGCAGUGGCUGGCAGCAUUGGACUGUCCCUGCACCAGCAACGUGUUCCCUAUCGCUGGUACUCGGGUGCACGACGCUCCCGCUCUGCCCACUACGAGUAUCGGCUAUGAGAGAGCGGGACAGGGAGAGAGCAGCGGCAUAAAAGCGAGUGUAAUGGCAAUAGCCAUUGCAAUUGUAUGGCUUAUACCUCAAGGAGUUGCGGAUGAUUGCCGAGUAGCAAUACCCCUACCCUCAGCAGGGGAUUAUCUUAUUGGAUAUCUGUAAGGUAGGAGUAGUAGUCAU